CGCGAACUGGAACUCCAAAAGCUCCACGACGAACUUGAACGGCCAGGCAUGGCGAUGAAAUGUUUGGCGCCUAAUCUAUCAUCCCACGCACCAUGCGCUUACUCUGUCCGCUUUGCUUCAUCUACCAUCUCCGCUGAAUCCACUUCAGCUGCCACCCAAGUCGCCGCCGCAACUUCUCCCCUGUCCUCUCCUCCGCCGACGGCAACUACGACGACUAGACGAAAAGCUUUAUCGGCAGCAUCCUUAGUCCUAUCCACCUUGCCAUUCUCCGCCGCCAAUCCUGCCUAUUCUUCUUCGAGCACCGAUUUCGUCGAGCUUCCGAAUUCCGGCGGCGUCAGGGCGUUGGACCUCCGCGUCGGUUCCGGCGCAGUCCCCGCCGACGGCGACCAGGUGUCAAUCCAUUACUAUGGAAGGUUGGGAGCCAAACAAGGAUGGCGGUUUGAUUCGACUUACGAUCAUAAAGAUGCCAGUGGGGAGGCAGUUCCUUUUGUAUUCAGUCUCGGCUCUGGAAAAGUGAUUGCAGGGAUUGAAUCAGCCGUUAAGUCGAUGAAAGUGGGCGGCAUUCGUCGGGUGGUGAUUCCCCCCUCCCAAGGCUAUCAGAACACUUCGCAAGAACCUUUGCCCCCUAAUUUCUUUGACAGGCAGAGGCUGUUCACCACAAUUUUCAACCCAACGCGGCUUGCCAAUGGAGAAGGGUCCACAUUGGGAACACUCAUCUUCGACAUCGAGCUCGUCGGCCUGAGGAAUUAGGCAGCCAGAGCUCUUGGGUUCUGCAACUUAUUGGUACCAGUGUAUCAUUGUAACUUCACAUAUUCUUUGUAUUUUGAUCCAGCUUUAUAAGGGCUGAAAAUUGAGUAUUACAUGAAUGUUUAUUUAUGUGCUACCAGUUUCAUCUCGCAGUAAUGGUAAGAGGAUUAAGGGUUGUGAUUGGGUGAUCUAUGGUGACAGGCAGCUGAAUGUUGGUCAAUCCUUGUAGCUGCCCACAAAUUCAAGACUAUAGCCUUCUCAUCAACGGUGGCUCCUCGCACAUCAGUCAUCACGGUACAGAAUGUUACUGAUCUCCACAUCUGAUGAGAAGUCAUGAGGAACAAGCGCCAUAUAGGUGUAUUCUUGGUCGAUGAUGAUUGGGUUUCUUGGUCGAUGAUGAGUGCCACAGAAGACAUUAUCAGUGUUGCAAACUAGCAAUUCUGAGGAAACGAUUUGGGUUAGGAAAUACAGGAUUGAACAAAUAUAUGAAUUGUUCGGUUGGGGAUUGAAUGGAGUGAGUGGUAUGGAUAUUUUCUACCGUCCACUUCUUGAUACUAGUACCAUGCUAGUUCUAGUGAACUUGGGAGUCCUGAGCAUGGACUUCUUCAGCCGUCUCAUAGGCUCCAUUCUUUCUCAGGAUUCCAAUACUAAAUGCCAUGGCGAUGUCGGAAAUGAUGAUCUAAGGUGAAAAGCCAUUGAUGCAAAUGCAAUCAUCCCCUGUAAGUAAGCAGGGAGUCUAGCUGCAGGCUCAUUAUUUUCAGAACUGAGAAUGGCAAUGGCAUGUACCCAACAAGUCUCAAAAUGGACUCGUACCAGUGCCAGUGAAGUCGAGGAUCUGAACGUUAUGCUAAUCCCAUCGGUAUUAGGGGUCUCUUUGGGCACCAUGAUUCUAAGUCGAGAGCUCCGAACAACGCCCUGGGACGAACUCAGGCUAGCUGCUGGUUCAGUUGGCUAUUGACAUGGUUCAGAUCACUUACCUGAAGACUGUCACAUUUGUUGAAAAAACUAACUGCCUGCAGAAGAAUGUACAAAAAAUUCAAUUCCUUGCCUCUAGAGAUGAGAUUCUAUGGGAGGAAGGAAAACGAUAUUACAAUGUUGUCUUAAUUUCAUCUUACAGAAGGCCGUCUACAUCAGCACAUCAUGCGGCAAAGGCAGUAACCAUUUCAAGCGUUAGCUAGCUACGCAGACUGGCAGAGGCAGAGGAAUGUUAAGCAGGGCGUGCGGAAGCGUGAGACACAAGGGAUUGUUCGUGCAGAAUUAGCCACGUGCAUCUAACAGGACCGCCUCGAAGAGCUCCAUAGUUAAGCACUUCGAAAGAAAGUUGCUGCUGCGGCAGUAUGCGAGAUCAACUGAAAGCGAUCAUGAUGGAGUAGUAGCUAGUCUGAGCAAUCAUGAGUAAGAAAACUAGAACAAUUGC